AUGAAGGUAGUUUUGACUAACAUUGCCCAUAUGCUGAAUAAAAAGCAAAGCACCAUUUUCAGUACAGACACAUUCCCCUGCGAUGUGUCGUAUGUUGUUACAGGAGGACAGGAUGGAUCUGUGAAAAUAUGGAAAAUAACAGAUAAAGAGAGCAAAGAGGAAGGAAGCUUUACCAAACACACGGGAGCAGUGCUGUGCACACGGUUUUCUCCCGCUGGUGAUCUACUAGCAACAGCCUCUGAUGAUGGAAACGUGAUAGUGUGGGGUGUAACAAAGACCCAGGGCACCAUCCAGCUGCACACAAAAAAAAGAUUGUCAGAUCACAGAUCAGAUGUAUCGAGCAUUGCAUGGAGCAGCAGAUACUUGGCCACAGGAGGGUACGAUGGGUCUGUUAUAAUAUACGAUAGACCUAGCUUUAGCAUAGUUACUAGGCUCGAGAAGCAUGAAAAAGGGUGCAAGGGCAUUGCAUUCAGCCCAGGAGCAGGAUACAUAUCGACAUACGGCGAUGAAGGAGAGCUUUUUCUGUACGAUAAAAACCUCAAAAAACUAUCAUCAACUAAAAAGCCCUUUAAAGGCGUGCAAAUGGAGUCUUUCUUUGGAAGGAUGAGUUGGAGCCCUGAUGGAAAGUACAUUGCAUGCGGACUCGCGUUCUUGGAGAAACAGGAUGCAGUGGCUCUUCUGUCUGCUAACCUAGCUCGCAGCUAUACCCUCAUUGGACACACUGCUCCUGUGGAAACAGUUGCAUUCAAUCCUUUUCUCUGGGAGAAAGACGGGUCUACAUCGUAUAUUCUAGCCACAGGAUCACAGGACAGAAGUGUGGCCAUCUGGAGCUCAGGCAGCUCAAAGCCGCUAAUACUCCUGAAGGAAGUCUCAUGCCAGCCGAUUAUGGAUCUGCAGUGGUCAUCAAAUGGGAAAGUGCUCUUUGGGUGUGCAUACGAUGGCUCUGUAUUUUACAUGGAGUUUGAGGAUGGAGAGUUUGGAGUGCCGCACACCCCCGUGAUAGAAGAGAGCAGAGCCCUUCCGUACUCCCGCGAGUUUAUCAUGGCGCACGCAGAGAUAGAAAAGAUGCCCAGCCCAGAGGGUGAAGAGGAGAAAGAAAGCGAAAAGUGGGCAGAUAAAAAAGAAGAAAUUGAAAAUAUUACAGAGGACACAAACAAACCCGAAGAAAAAAAAAAGAAAAUAAUUCCAAGAUUCAUAAAACCCCUCGAAGAGCCGGACUCAGCAGGCGUGGUCAGGGGCCCCAGAGUUGUAUUGAUGACAGGACAGGUGCCGCUGCAGGAAAGUAUCGAGCCCGACAGAUGUAUAGCACAGCUUGAGACAGUAGCUGGUACAGCAACGGUUUUUACUGUAGAAAUAAAAGGGAAUAGAAGCAUGUUCGUCGUUAAGAAAAACGGAAAAGAGUGGUUUACAGCAGCAGGACACAGCAUAAAGGUGGUAGCAGCGGAUGCGUGCAUACUGGCUGUAGUGAGCACGCAGAAGGCAAAGAGUGGAAGCACAAUUGACACUCUCUGGGUGUACAACAUGGACAAAGGUGUACUUGUUCUGCCUGCUAUGCCGUUUUCGUGUGUGGUGUCAGUGGAUGUGAGGAAUGAAAAGAUUCUUGUGGUGCUGCAGGGAUCGUUUAAGGUUCUGGAUCUGCUGAACAGCACAACAGUAGAGGACAGGAUAGCAUCCCAGUCAGAUGUUGUGAAUGUUCUUCUCGAUCCAAAAUACUUUUUGAUCAUUUUGUACGAAGAUGGAAGCACGCAGUUCUACAACCCGCAGAUGAAAGUGUGGUUUAUGCUGGAGAUGGAUGCUCCCUCAGCAUACAGCGAUGCACACUGCGGAGGAGAAGAGAAAGACUGCACAUUUGAGUUUCUUGAGAACAGAUGCACAGUGGGGAUGCUCUACGGAGACUGGGCGCUGGUCGCAGACUCAAUUGAAAAGAUAAUUGCAUCUGCAGCCAGAGGAGAGUCCUGUGCUCCCGGGCUGUUCAAUAGGAUGGAUGCGAUCAUUGAGGAAGUUCUGAACAGAAAAAACAGCCAGGUAAAAGCAGAGUUCAUCAGCACGCUCCUUGUGCAGUGCGCAGAGACAGAAGAGUUCCAGCAGUAUGCGUACGAGAAGACUCGAGAGAUAAAAGAAAAACUAGCACAAUAA